UCUUGGACCAUGUCGGUGUCUCCGGUGGUCUUUGUCCCCAGAGGAGAGGACGCCGUCCUCCGUUGCUCCUUCACUCAUCCUAGCCAGGAGCACUACUCGGGGAAGGUCACGGUGAAAUGGCUCGCCAGAGAAUCCGGCGCUCCGCCGUUCUUCAGCUGCUCAGUUAGAAACAACUCCAUGGAGGGACGCGUGGGAUGCUCAGCUUCUGAGUUAAAGUACUCCCUGGAGGGAGACCCUCGGCGGGGGGAUGUGUCUCUCCUCUUCAGGGCGGUGGAUCUGGGGGAAAACGGGACGUACUUCUGCAGAGUGGAGCUGGACGUUGAACCCCAGAUCCUGAGGCUCUCUGUGGUCGAGGCGGGUCCAGACAGCGCCCCCCAGAGGCUGCGGUGUGAGGCGGAGGGCCACCCGCUGCCGGCCGUCACCUGGCUGCCGGCCCCCGGGAGCCCGUUGGGAGACCAGGUGGAGACCUCCGAGGCCGGCCCGUACCGGCGGGUCAGCUCCGUGCCGUACCGGCAGGACGACGUGUUCACCUGCAGGGCCCAGAGCCGGCUGGGCGCCGCAGAGCGGAGGUUUCCAGACCGUGACCCUCUGAAGACGGCGCUCACU